AUGACAACAACACCGAAUGAAUUUCUUAAAUUUGCAAAAGAUAUGGGUCUUAAUCAAGAAAAAACAAUUUCAUUAACACCAUUAUCUAUAUCAAAUAACAAUAAUGGUUAUAAUACAUUAACUGGUUUAUCUGUACUUAAUAAUUUAUGUCAUCUUAUUGAACAAAUACAUACAUUAAAAGCUGAAAAUAAUCGUUUACGUGCACAUAUGGAAUUAGUUAAUCAUGUUGAAAAAUUUCUAUUAAAAACUGAACAAAAUACGAAAUUAAUGAGACAUAAAGAAAAGAAACAUGUUCGUUCAACAAGAUCAAUUCAUAUUGGAGAAGGUACAUAUGAUGAAGAUAAAAGUUUUACAAUAUCACCAUCAAAUUCAUUAAAAAUUAAAAAACAUGAUUCACCUACUUUAUCAAUGACAAGUAGAGAACGACUAGGUGUAGAUUUUAUUAUUAGUCACGAUGAUUCAUCGUCAAUGUUACAUGUUGAUAAUGAUCAAUCGGAUUUAAGUUCAUCUAACUUGCCAAAGUGGAAUAAAUUACGACAUGCAUUAAGUUUUUCACGUCGACGAAGAAAACGUUCACCAACAACUCCUGCAUUAAAUAAUAUAGAAAGAAUAAUUCCAGCAAUUAGUAUAUCACUUGAAAGUGAUGAUGAUCGUUUACAAGAUACUAAACAUCAUAAAAAAAAGAAAAAAAAAAUUCGAACAACAAAUAGUAGUCGACGAGAUCUUAAUAAUGAUGAUACGGAUGAAGAUGCAUAUGCUGAAUUUAAAAAUAUACAUUCUGAACGAAAAAAUUAUCGAAAUUAUACAGAAAAUUCUUUACAUAGCGGACUAAAAACAACAUCAACAUCUUAUUUACCUAUUAGUUCAGGCAUAAUUGAUGAUGAUACUUCAUUUACACGCAAACAAUCGAAAAUUGCUCAUUAUCGAAAUAAAAUAUAUUCAAAACUAACGACAGUUAAAAAGCAAUUUAGUGAUCAAAAUUCAUUAUUACAUCCAAUAGGUAAUACACAUAGUUUUGCAUUUGAUGAUAUUGGAUCUGGAUUAAAUCAUGCAAUACUUUCAACAAAAUUAGCUUCAGCCAUGACAAAAUCUUAUCAACAAAAAAUGCGUGAAUGGGAAACAAUGCAAAAAAGUAAUUUCCUAGUAAAUUAUCGUCGACAAUCUAUUGUAAAUAAAAAUGAAUUAAAUAAUAAUUCUCGAAAAACAUCACUUAUAUCAAUAAUUAAUGAAGCACCGAAUGAUUCAUUAAUACCAUCAAUAGAAAUAUCAAAUGCUGAAAUUGAACCAAAUAAUUUAAUACUUAGUCCUAUUCUAUCACCAAAUCAACGAUCACUUAUACUUCAUCAAUGGCGUGAAAUAAUGUCGGAAGAAAUUGCACUUCGUCAUUAUAAUGAAUAUUUAGAAAGAAAAAUGCAAGAAUUAAAACAACUUGAAACAGAUUUAAAAACAUUAAAAGCAAUUAUUUUUUCUACAAAUAAUCAAAAAAAUAUAUUUAAACAUCGUUCAAUGACAAGUGUUGAACAACUUGAUCAAGAUUUAUUAGAUCAACAUAGCCAAAUAGAUUUACCACAACGUUGUCAUUCAUUACAAUCAUUAAUGAAUAUGCCAGCAUCAUGGGUAUUAGCUGUACAAAGUGCAGCAUAUUCCGAUAUAUUAGAUGGAACAUCGAAUAAAACAACAAAACGAGCUAUUAUAUUUAAUAAAAAUUUUUUUAAUCAAUUAAAACAAUUUAAAGAUGAACGACAACGUUUUGAACAAGAUACAAUUAAAGGUUCGCAAAUAUUCAGAAAUUCAAAAACAAAUCUUUCCUAUGAAGAAAAUUCUAAUGAAAAACGAUCAAAUCGACCACGUACAAAAAUAAUUUUAACACGUGCUUGUCUACGUAAAUUUUCAUAUACUUCAACAAGUGAAAUACCUCAGUCGUUUCUAUCGAAUACAAUGAUACCAUUACAAACAACAAUAUCAAAAUUAGAAACAUCAUCAUAUAUUGAUCUACUUUCAACACCAAUAACAAAUGAACAAGAAUUUGGUUUAUCAGCAUCACCAUCAUCAUCAACAAUGCUUAAUAAACGUUCAAAACGUUCACGUUUUGAUUUUAAAAAAACUUUACAACGAAGUAAAAGUAUGUGUAUGACUCAAUUUAAUUCAUGGUUACAACGUCGUCGUCAACAACAUUUAUCUGUACCUCGACGAAAAUCAGCUAUUGAUCCGAAAACAAAUAAAGAAAUGAAAUUAUCACCAUGUUCAACGCCAAAAUUACUUGGUUCACCACGUUUAGCUCGUAUUCAUCAAAAAAUAUUUAAACAACAAAAUCCUUCGCCGAUUUCACCAUCAGCAUCACCUAUUGAAAUACCACUAUCGGAAUCAUUUAUGGAACUUCCGCCAGCAUCAUUAUCACCAUUUCUCGAUGAUUCUGAUGAACAAUUUCAAAAACAAGAACAUCCAGUUCGAAUCUAUUUACCAGCUCGAACUUCUCCAGCAACACGUCAUGUGCGAAUUACGGAUGUCAAUAUUAUCUCAGAUAAUAAUAAUAUAAAAACACCACCAAUGUCAAAAAUAACAUCACCAGUAAUACUACGAAAAAAUUUAACAUCAUCAAUAAAAACAACAGCUCGAGAACGACGAGAAAGUUUUGCAGCUCAAUCAAAAAGUUCUUAA